CAUACUUACCUUGAUGGCACGCGCCCCUUCAUGUCCCAGGGUUCGUGGGCCGUGGGGGCCUCCCAUAGCACGGCGACCUUUAGUCUCGGCUCCAGACGUUCCACAGCCCUCUCUGCCCCGGCACUCGAUGCUUCGCUACGCUCAGCAAGCCCUGGGAGGGAGGGGGACGGAUUAGGAAGGAGGAAUUGA